AUGCGCCUGGAGCAGGAUACUUCUUCACUGCUUUCCUGUGUUACCUGCAGCUUCCCUACAUGUGUCAAGAAGAGCGCUCAAGUGUCCGGUGUAACCCCUGGAACAUCUUACACUGUGACUGUCAAUGCGGUGGCUUCAUCAGGGUUCAGCUCACCUGUCAGCCGAAUACUCGUCACCACUAACGAGUCUCUACCCGCGGCCCCCUCGAAGCCAGAAGGGGAGCGGGUCGGUUCCACACGGAUCCUGCUGUCCUGGAGAAUGCCAAUGCAUCUCGACUCCACAAUUCACUCAUUUGCCAUCAGAUACAAGGAAAUGUGCCCAUAUCCUGACCCAACCUUCAAUGAGGUCAUCAAGAGCCUGGACAUCCCAGAAACCCAGCUGAACACACUCUCCCCCGGAGCCACAUACAACAUCAAGUACAUCUCAUAUAAUAUAUAUCAUAUAAAACUAUAUAUGCUUAUAUCCACAGGUCUGGACAAGGACAGCAGUUAUAAGGUACGUGUGGCGGCGUCCACCGCCGUUGGGGAAAGUCCACUGACCAAUGAAGACUACAUCUUCGUUAUGACACUAGAGGAUGAGCCAGAUUCACCCCCGCGGGAUCUGGCCGUAGUGAAAACCACCUCCUCCACCUCUACUCUCACCUGGUCUCCUCCAGAGAAACCCAACGGCAUCAUCCGCCUGUAUGAGGUCUCCUACACCAACGGCACAUACAGCAACACAGUCAACAGCACAUUGCCCAGCGCCACACUGCACUACAUGAAGCCGUACACACAUUACAAUGUGACUGUCCGAGCGUUUAGGCUACAUGGAGACGGGAAUCAGAUUUCUUAUAGGCCUACUCUACAGAUGCUGUUGGGGGAGGAUGAACAUUGGAUCCAGCUAUACCGCAUCAGCGUGCAGGCUGCCACACAGGUUGGCAUCAGCAACCACACGAGCGAGAUCCUGAAAAUCACCACACUGGAGGAUGUACCCAGUUCCCCUCCAAAAUUCCUAAUUGCCAGGAAAUUGAAUGAUACUGAGGUAGAGUUGUCCUGGAAACAUCCCGAUGAGGCCAACUCUGAGAUAUUAUACUACAUAGUGAGAGUGUGGUAAGUAAAGAUGAUUUAAAAUCAGUUUUUACCAAAGACCAAGCUGAAUCUGAGCUCUGAGUUUGUCGCCAAUGUGACGGAGACGUCAGUGGUGUUGAGUCUGGAUGGACUGGGUCAAUAUAAUGCCUCCGUGAGCAGCUGGACUCGACUCGGAGAUAGAGGAAUGCUGAUUUACAUCACGUUCAGUACCAUAGAAUCAGCCCCCUCUGACCCUCCACAGAAUGUAUACACACUCCUCACCACCACUACAGUGCGUCUCAGCUGGAGUCCUCCGAAUGCACCCAACGGCGUCAUCCAAUAUUACACAAUCUACUACUCCCAGAAAUAUACAUACUUCAUAACUCCAGUCUUCAGUACGGUUCCGGGUUCGGAGCAUUGGUGGGUGUUGUCUGAUCUGAGGGCAGGACAGGAAUACAGUGUAUGGAUGAGUUCCAGCACUUCUGUUGGUAACGAGGGAGUGUUCACUCCCCGUCUAAACUUCACCAUGUUAGAAGACAUGCCAAUGUCUCCACCACGCGAUCUGAUUAUUUUUAACCACACUGUGAAUUCAGUGUGGCUUCAGUGGGAACCUAGUCCAGAGCCAAAUGGAAUCGUCCAGCAUUACGAAUUCCGAAUACUCGAACUAAACACAUACACUUUCAUAUAUCAGGUAGUACACCCAUAUGUCUACAUAUUGUCAGAUGCCUCUAGGAAUCUGACCUGCUCUGGAUUGGAUUGGAAUUCAGUGUACAUGGAAUGGGAGCUUCUGAUUCAUCCUAAUGGAGAGAUUCUGUACUACCUCAUUCGCUGUGGAAAUCUGGAGGAGGAGGGUUAUAAUGUAGAGAUUCAGCAAUUAGCAAGAAAUUGUGAGCAACGGCAGCAUAUGGAGUCCUGCGUGGAGAGUGAGCUUGUGGAGUGGGUUGAAGGAGAAACCAGUGCAGUCACACUUUCACCUCUGCUGAAAUAUAGAGAGAUGGACGGUUCGGGAUACAACAGUUUAACCCUGUACUCCUUCAUUAAGAACGUUUGUGACAUUCAUGGUCAUGUUUUCCCAGAGCCCAAAGACCCUCGCAAAAACGUGACAUUGACGGUGAUCCCAGAGGAAGUGACACGUGUUUUUGUUACGUUCUCUCCACCGGAUGAGCCGAAUGGAAACAUUAGUGCCUACCAUGUUUCCAUCUAUCGCAACGGACAACUGGACUUCUACAUCAACAGCCUGCCUGUGAUCAGCAACCCUAAUAAUGCCAUGAUGGCCAUUAUACAGGAUGGACUGAAGGGUGGAUUCAAUUACAGCAUAAGGUGCAUCUCCAGCCUCUUCCCCUACAUGCACAGUCAGCUAUACUAUUUUGCUGAAGUGACUGUCAUUUUAAGAUUCUGGCAGGUUUAUUUAGAGCCCCCCAAACCGUCGAGGAGGCCGCGGGCUGCUCUGAACAACGCAGGUGUCAUCAUCUCUACCUCCAAGACCAUCACCAUUGAGAUGCCUGAAUGUUUCUUUACAGAUGACCAUGGACCAAUCCAAAAAGUUCAGGUCAUUGUUUCUGAACCAGCAGUGAUGGAGUACGGUGAUCUGUCCAACUGGAAAAGUGUUUUUCUCUACCCUACCGCACCGUACCUGACCGACGAGGGCUUCUUGAACCCAAAGUGCUUGGGGAAAGCAGAGCGCAUGAGCACAAACACUAAAACAUACGUUAUAGAAGAAGAUGAGAAUUGCCUGUCUGAAGAUGCCAAUACACUUUGUAACAGACCCCUCAAACCCAAAACAUAUUAUAUGUUCAAAUUUCGGGGAACAAACAUCCGUGGGCAAUAUACACAUUCUCUGAGAGCUCAGACAGACCGCCUGCUGACCAGAGAUGAGCAGAUCAUUCUUGGAGUCCUGCUGUCAUUUUUCCUCGUGUUGUUUUUCAUUCUGAUUGUAUACGAAUCAGUCAGGAUCCACCGCAGGCAGAAGGAAGGUGUGACGUACUCCCCACGCGAGGCUGAGAUCAUUGAGACCAACUUCAAGCUGGAUCAGCUCAUUGCAGUGGCCGACCUGGAGCUGAAAGAGGAGAAGAUUAAUCGGCAACUAAGUUACAGGAAAUCUCUCAUGCCAAUCAGUAAGAAAUCAUUUCUUCAGCAUGUGGAAGAUCUUUGUGCCAACGACAAUGCCAACUUUCAGGAGGAGUUUGCUGAGCUGCCGAAGCUGCUUCAGGAUCUGGCCACAUCAGAUGCUGACCUGCCGUGGAAUCGCUCCAAAUAUCGCUUUACAAACAUUAAACCCUAUAACAAUAGCCGAGUGAAGUUACUGUCCGAGCCAGGAAUGCCGGGGUCAGACUACAUCAGUGCCAGCUUCGUCUCUGGCUAUCUGUGUCAUAAUGAGUUUAUAGCCACUCAGGGUCCUCUGCCUAGUACCGUCGCAGACUUCUGGAGGAUGAUUUGGGAAACGAGGACCAAAACCAUCGUUAUGCUCACUCAAUGCUUUGAGAAUACCCGGAUCUGCUGUCAUCAGUACUGGCCAGAAGACAUUAAACCCGUCACAGUUUUUGCUGAUAUCAUAAUCACUAAACUCACAGAAGACGUGCAUCCUGAUUGGACGGUCCGGACACUCAGAGUGGAGAGGCACGGAAGUUACAUGAUUGUUCAUCAUUUUAUCUACACCUCAUGGCCGGAACACGGCGUUCCGGAGUCCAGCUCCACACUCGUCCAGUUUGUCAAAGCAGUUCGCUCACACAGAGGCCAUGACAACACAACCAUCAUGGUCCACUGCAGUGCUGGUGUGGGCAGGACUGGAGUGUUUAUAGCCUUGGAUCAUCUCAUUCAGCAUGUGAGGGAUCAUGAUUUUGUGGAUAUAUAUGGCCUGGUCGCAGAGCUGGGCAGUGAGAGGAUGUGCAUGGUGCAAAACCUGGCUCAGUACAUGUUUCUGCAUCAGAGCACUCUGGAUCUGCUGUCUGCAAAAGGAAACAGUCAGUCCAUAUGGUUUGUAAAUUACUCUGCUCUGGAGAAGAUGGACUCGCUGGAUGCGAUGGAGGGUGAUGUAGGAUUGGAGUGGGAAGAGACGACUAUGUAACAGGGACGUUGUUUCCUGAAGGUCUGGUUGUGAGGAGACAUGGAACACACUCAUUAAAAAUCUAGACGCUGGGACUUUGGACUCCGGGGCCAAACAUGCUAUGCAAAGGAUAAACGAAGAAUACAAGUGAAUCAGAAGCAAACUCAAAUAUUCUCACCUAAAUGGAUUGUCUCUAUCUCUCAACCUCACAUUUACAUCCACCAGACAAUCUCAUCUAUCAAAGUUUUUUCUAAAGUUCUUGUCCAACUUCUGCAAUUAUUUUAUCUCUACCUAGAAUAUGGUACACUACCUACUUAUGGACUCAAAAGGGAACAGACACCAAAAAUAUGUCUGUUUCUUAAGAAAGUAGGAAUAUUCAGCAGACAGGAGUGAGAAAUUAUGGGUUUUUAUGUCCUGUAGUCAAAUGUAUUACUAAUGCAAUUAUUAAGGAUGAGAGUCAUAAGGAUUAUUUGCCUUUAUUCCCUUAACGAUUUUUUUCUUUUUUAAUUUGGUCAAAUUAUGAGAUAAUUACAAUAGAAGACUAUUGCAUUCACACAGAACAUGAACAUAUCCCUAUUUAUAGUCUUCCUUACACCAAGAACGAAAUCUAUAACAAUAGGUCCACAUCAACAGAGAAUAACGUCAUGUUUAUUGCAUUGAUUUGUAAUAUCUGUCAAUGUAUAUAGCGUUCAUCUGGAGAAAUCGCUCUGAAAGAGAUUACAACGAUAUCCAACGAACUCCAUGCCAUUAUUGUAAAAGUUAUGUAGACUAUCCUUUUUAAGGCCUGUUCAUACCAAGACUGAUGCUAUAUUAGUAUCCACAACAACGGACAAUAACUAUUUAAUAAUAUAGCUGCAAGCAGCGAUUACUGGGGUUCAAGCACUUUAAGACAUUUAAGCACAUAAGGACAAGACAUUGUGUAUUAUUAGUUAACAAGCCUGUAGCCAGUUAAAUCAACGAUUAAAAAGAGCAUUUUUUGUCAAUUGCAGGUCAUUUAUCAUAAAAAGAUUAUGUUUAUUAACAUUUGUGGCUGUUAUAGCUCCACCUACGGUCCAAUCUCCAUAAAACUUUGCAUGAUUAUUUAGAAUCAUCUGUCGCAUGUGCUCAUGUAGUUUGGUGAAGUUUUGAGGUUUCGUUUAGAAUUUAUAGGCUUUUGUGUAUAUUUGGCCACGCCCCCUUUUCUAAAACGAUGUUAUAGCUACUCAAAAGGUAAAGUUCAACUUUUUUUUUGAUGAUGAUUAUUGAUCUAGAGAAUUCAGAGAAUCAUGCUUCAGUGCUUAUAUUGAGGUUGAGCUAAUUCACAAAAGUAGUUUGUUUGACAUAAUUGAGAAUCAUUAAUGAAUGAUUUGAUUGACAGCAGUGGUUUUUGAGGCAAAGUUGCUCAAUAUGAGGAAUUCUAUCAAAUGAUAUGAAUAUUGUGUGGGUGUGUGAAACACCACGUGACUACAGAGGCAUAAAACGCAUUAUGUUAUUCCACUUAGUUGCCGAUUUCUUUCAAAAUUAUUACAGAUCUCUAGGGCCACGAGUUGAACAUGCCCACCGAGCUUUAUUCCGAUCGAUUAACCUUGUCUAAUUGGUGAUCAAAAUUCACUGGCUGAUGGCAGUCACAUUUUUUAAAAUACAUGAAUAUCUUUGUGGCACUUUGGACAAAAACACUACAUACCAAUUUUCAAGUCGAUCGGACUAACGGGUGCGUAUAUAGCCGUUUUUGUUUUUUCCCUGUUAUAGUGCCACCAAGUGGCCAAACUCUUUUUUUUUUUUUACUGUGACAUCAGAUUGAGGUUUUACAUACAUGUUCUGAGUUUGGUGAAAAUAUAUCUUUCCAUUCAAGAGUUAAAUGCUUUUUAGUAAAAGUGGCUCCGUCCCUUUCGAACAUUUUGGUGUGCCGUUGAGUCAAAAGUUCAUCUUUUUUGAUAAUGAUUGAUAUUCACUCUCCAGGUACUGAUCGGUCGAAAAACCUAGGACUAGUUUGCAAAAGUAUAUUUUUAAAAAAAUCCUAAAUACCCGAAAAUUUUGACGAUCGAAUCCAAGGCAUGCAUUUUGUCUGUCGUGAGCUAAGGAUUCUAGUGAAAUAUGAUACUUGAGCCUGCUACUAAUGGUUUAGAGCAGGGAUAGCCAACUCCGGUCCUGGAGGGCCACUAUCCUGCAGAGUUUAGCUUCUGCCCUCAUAAAAACUCACCUGCC